AUGGAGCAGCAGCAAACGGGCGGAGACCGCCAGCUGCUGCAGCAGGUAGAGGAUAGUGAUGUGCAGCAGCAGCAGCAACAGCAGCAGCAACAGCAGCAGCAGCAACAAGAAGAUACGCAGCAGCCACCAAACCAUUCUUCCUCGGAGACAGCUGAAGAUGCCCCUCCGACGAACGGCGCAGAGCCAGGUGGCAGCAGCAGCAGCAGCAGCAGCAGCAGUAACAGCAACAGCAACAGCAGCAGCAGCAGCAGCGACCGAGCGCAGUCUGGAGUGGGCGCUGCAUCGAGCGCAGGAGGAAGGGGACCGUCAGCAUCCCCUGAAGCCUCUGCUGCUGCUGCUGCCGCCGCCGCAGCAGCAGCAGCAGCAACAGCAGCAGCAAAGCGAGAGGCACACCGCAAGAAGAACAACACUUGGUUAGAUAUCUUCUCAUUAGGACGCUGGCGCUCAGCAGCAAACCGACAGCAGCAAGGAGCAAUACAACUUGCUCAGGCUUUCGGCGUCCCUAAUCAACCAGGCAGACCAGGCCCUGUGAUAGGGGUAUUUGUGUGUAAGGGGCCUCGUAAUGAGCUUCAGGGUUUGGUGUGUGCAUCUCCUUUAGCUUUAGAGAGAUUUUCUUUCGAUGGUUUGCUGCUGCAGCGACGCAUACCGCUGCAGCCGCUAACCUGCUGCACCGGAGGAAAGAUAGGGGGUUCGAGGUCGUCGGUGCCUUCCUCUGGCGCAGGCGCAGCAUCCAGCAGCAGCAGCAGCAGCAGCAGCAGCAGCAGCGCCUCUUGUGGGGAGGAGACUGAUGCUGCUGCUGGCGGCUCUGCUAUUUGCUCGCUUACUAUCAAUGCUACAUUUGCUGAGUUUGCUCACUUUGUCUUAGCUGGAGAUGAAAGGGGACAGACAUACGUGUGGCAGGUGCCUAGUACGAAGUUGCUGCUGGUGCUGCCGCAUCCAGGCCAGCAGCAGCAGCAGCAGAAGCAGCAGCAGCAGCAGCUGCAGAUGCAGCAGCAGCAGCAGCAGCAGCAGGAGUGCUGCGGAUGCUGCAGCAAACUCUUCGGCAAUACCCACGCAGCCUUCGCAGCAGCCGAACGCAGCGGAGGAGGAGCUCUACCUCAGCAGCAGCAGCAGCAGCAGCAGCAGGAAGAGGAGAUAAAGGCAGUGGGUACGGUAGCAGAGGUAGAGCUGCCAGUAGAGGUCUACAGCGAUGUAAGGGGAGGAGACAGGAGCGAGCGGCUGCAUGCAGACAGAGACACUGUGUCUCCAGAUAUACUUGCACCUGCUUCAUAUAUUGAAGAGGCUUCUUAUCAAGAAGCUCAGUGCCUUAGGAAGUCUCCUCACAGCCGCAGCAAAGCAUGCCCUCUUGUUAGCAGCGGGCCCCCACCACACCCUCAAGGAGACAACGAGCUGCAACACGAGCUGCAGCACGAGCUGCAACAAGAGCUGCAGCAGGAGCUGCAGCAGCAGCUGCAGCAGCAAGCUGCCUCUGAGGCAGCAGCAGCAGCUCUCUUGUGGGAAGACGAAUCACACAAAGGAGACAUUGAUGAUGAUGCUGCUUCAAGAGAUGUCUCCUCCGGCAGCAACUGCUACUCCUCUAUCCCUAACAGCGCAGAGGCCCUCCCGUACGUACAGCCCGCGCCCCAAGAGCUGCUGCAGCACCUGCGAGAGCAGGCGCUGCAGCAGCAGCAGCAGCAGCAGCAAGAACACCAGCAGCAGCAGGAACACCAGCAGCAGCAGGAGGGCGAGAAUGCUGAAGAUCGUUCCUCUGGCUGCGGCGACCCCUCCACAGCAACAGCAGCAGGAGCAGCAGCAGCACCAGAAGCAGCGGGAGCUGCAGCAGCAGAUGAAGAGGCAGUAGCAGCAGCCUUGCAGCGGGGCCUCUCUCUCGACCGUGUUAUAGGGCUUGAAUCAAUCCCUCUGUCUCCAGAAGAAGGAGACAGAGGUGAAGAUACCCCCCGUACGGAUGCCCCUGCAGCAGCAGGAGCAGCAGCAGCAGGAGCAGCAGCAGAAACAGCAGCAGGUGGACGAGGAGAGGGAGAGAGCCGCUGCUGCAGCAGCAAGUAUUGCUGCGUGGCUUUAGGGAGGGCCCCCUGCGGGCAGCAGCAGAGACAGAGGGGUGCCUCUGGGGGUAGUUCUGCUUCUGCUGCUGCUGCAGUGUCUCCUUAUGUUGGCGCGCUGCUGCCUGUUGCUGCUCUCGAUCAGCUGUGGGUGGGAUAUGGAGACGGGGUUAUUGCUGUUGUCUCCUUAAGCACUUAUCAUUUGCUGCAUGCAGUGCAGCUAAGAGACACAGACGUUAGCAAACUGGAGUACGCAAAGUACAGAGACCUUAUUAUCGCUGUCUGCGGGAACAAGGCUCUCUCUAUGUGGUGCCCCAGGACUCUGCAGUGUAUAUUUGAGAUGGAUGCUGCUGCCCUCACGUGCUCUUCGCCUCUGUCAUAUCUGUAUGUUUUGGAGGCCCCUGAAGCCUGGGAGCUGCGCUCCACCAUCAUCCUCGCUAUACACCGUCUGCGGGGCCUUGAGGCACAGCACACAACGCACGUGUCUUGCCAGCAGCAGCAGCAGCAGCAGCAGCAGCUGUAG